AUGUUGCAAAGCUUGUUUAUCAUAAGCCGUUCAAAUGAAAUGUGUUUAGAAAAACACUGGACAAAAAACAUUUCAAAAGCUGUUUGUGAUAAUUUUUUCGAUGCUGUAGCGAAAUGUACAUCAGGGGAUGUACCACCUAUUCUGGAAGCUUCUAACAAUUCGCUUAUUCAUAUUUUGCGCAAUAACUUGUAUUUUCUCGCCGUAUGUACUAAUGAGAUACCUCCUCUACUUGUGAUAGAAUUCUUAGACUGUGUAAGCUCAAUAAUCGAGGAUUAUUUCGGGUCUGCUACUGAAACGAUAGUCAAAGAUAAUUUAGUCUGCAUAUAUGAAAUUUUAGAUGAAAUGCUUGAUGGCGGUUUUCCUUUAGCCACGGAACCAAAUAUUCUGAAAGAGAUUGUGCGUCCUUCUAAUUUCCUUCAAUCACUCACAGAUGCAGUUACCGGAAAAAAUACAAACGUUGGCUCAACGCUUCCAACCAAUCAGCUAUCGAAUAUACGGUGGAGACGUUCUGGUGUUAAGUACACAAACAAUGAGACUUAUUUUGAUUUGAUUGAAGAGAUUAACGCAAUUAUUGAUCGUUCUGGGUAUGCAAUAACCAAGGAGAUUCAUGGAUCAGUUGAAUGUCUUGUCAAACUGUCUGGGACUCCAGAUAUGACGUUGGCUUUUACAAAUCAUCGCCUAAUUGAUGAUGCUAAUCUACAUCCAUGUAUCCGAUUUUCACGGUGGAAAAGAGAGCGGAUUUUAUCCUUCAUACCACCUGAUGGAAAGUUCUGUCUUUUUAAAUACCACGUAAACUCACUAAGCCCAGUGUCUCUUCCUAUUAUACUACGACACAAUGUUCUUCUUCGUGAACAUGGAGGUCGCUUGGAUGUAGUUGUGGUACCAAAAACAAUGAAUAAACCCUAACUACGUGCCACGAUGUGGUGAAAGCUAUCUGCAAGCCAAAAUUGUAGACAACAAUUUACGUCAAUGUUUACAAUCCAAACUGGGGUCAUGGGAAAAACAAUAACAAAGCUUAACCUUGAGGAACUCACCAGCCAACCACAACAGACUUAACAUGUGCGAAUAACAUUCGCAGAUAUAUAGCUUAACUUUCUAAGAAACGGUCACAAGCAGAAUUACGGAAUAACC